AUGGCCAAUGAAGUUUUGAAAUAUAGUGCAAAGGAUGUUGCGGCUGAGCUGAUGUUUAAACGCAUGAAAUAUUCCAAUAUCAUGAUACAAUGGCAUUUCGACUUUGUUUUUUCAUGUUCUCGUGAGUUAUUGACUCUAGAUAUAUGCGUUUUAGACGAAAAUAGUGUAACACCACUUAAGGCGAAAAUCAACCUCACAAAGAGUCAAGUCUCAUCCCAGUCUCGUUCUGGCAACAUGGUUCUGAAGGUAUUAGCACUGGCCUCACUUGUGGUCGUCGCCAUCGCCCGUCCAGAUGGUCAGCCCACUUAUAGCUACGCCGCUCCCACACCUGCUUACGCACCAGCCAAGUACGACUUCAACUACUCCGUAAACGAUCAACCAUCUGGUAACGACUUCGGACAUCAGGAAGCUCGUGAUGGCAACCACGCUCGGGGAUCCUACUACGUCCUUCUUCCCGACGGUCGUCGGCAGAAGGUUACAUAUACUGUAAACGGAGACUCCGGUUACGUGGCUGAUGUCACCUACGAGGGCGAGGCUCAAUAUUCUACUCCACAGGCCUCUUAUGGGCCUCCUCAGCCUUCCUAUGAGCCACCCACCCCUUCUUACGCCUGAUAAAGAGUACAGUACCAAGAAUAUUUAUUGAACUCGGGUCUAUGUUAACUUAAUUAUUAAACUAGCAGACUGCA